CAAUGGGAGUUGGCUUGUCGAGCAAACACUGAGCUCUACGUUCUCAUUCAUUCAGAGUUAGACAGGCAUGCAGUGUUGAAGAGAGCACGUCCUCGAUUAGCGCUUGCUUUUGAGCAUUCCGCAUAACAAAAACCUUAUUUUACAAAAAUUGACUCAUUAGAAUUCGAAGACGGAAGCCAUUGGAUAUAUAAUUAUUUGUUUUCAUAUUGUAAAUUAAUUAAAGUGUGCUUUUUAAGAAUCCUAACGAAGAUUAUUCCUACAAUUGUUACUCCGCUCUAGGACUAAACUGGGUUGUCUGACUAGAUCGGCUUCAAGUGCGCAACCUUUAUUGGGUGUAUCAAGAAGCGUGGAUUUACAAUUUCUGGAACACAGUGUGUAAAUGCACCAGAUUUUAAGAAGGAAUAACGAAAGAAGAUAAGCUACAACAUCGUAUCGGGAUAUAACGCAAUCGUUACGAAUGUUAAGAGCUAAUUAAAAUACGCUUGGACAAUUUACUUGGAUGGAGUUUUGGCAUAUUGGUUGAUGGAAUCGACGUUAUGGAUGGUUGCAGAUGGGUUUUCUGAUGCAUGCCAAGUCCACGGUGAAUGUCGGAAGUGGUGAUCACCCCAGAUGGCGCUCCAAAGUCAACAUGGCCCUGGCGGUUCAUUAGUGGUGAUCCAGCAGCCUUCCCUGGAGGGCCGGCAGAGGUCGGAUUACGAGCGGGAGCUCCAUCAUGCCGCCAUCCUCUCCCUGGACCAAAUCAAGGCCAUUCGCUCCAGCAACGAGUACACAGAGGGGCCGUCGGUGGUCCGGAGGCCCCCUGCACCCCGCAUGGCACCCAGGCCCGACAAGCAGCAGGAGAGGACUCACGAGGUGAUCCUCGUCAAUGUGAACAACAACUAUGAGCACCGGCCGGUAGGGCAUGGCCACCACAGUGGGGUGGUGGUAGUAGCCGGAGGCCAGCAGUGUAGCACCAGGGCCCCGGGCCUUAAUCGCUCCACCAGUACAGGCAGCGCGGCCAGCUCCGGGAGCAAUAGCAGUGCAUCCUCUGAGCAGGGACUCCUGGCCCGCUCGCCUCCCUCUAGACCGGGGAUGGUGGCCCUCCACCAGCACCACCACAGAGCCGAGAGGACUCAGCCUGUUCGGGCUCAGCCCAAGGCGCUGCUAGCCCCCCAACAUGGCUCUCACCCGCCGCCGCCACUGGAGGCACCGCUCAAGCCCUCAGGGAAAGGGGACAUGGCGUCUGGCCACCAGUUCAUCUGCGAGCGCUGCGGGAAGUGCAAGUGCGGGGACUGCACAACCCCAAGGACCCUGCCCUCGUGCCUGGCCUGCAACGGCCAGUGCCUGUGCUCGGCGGAGAGCGCCCUGGAGCAUGGCACGUGCAUGUGCCUGGUCAAGGGCAUCUUCUACCACUGUUCCAAUGACGACGAGGGAGACUCGUGCGCCGACCACCCCUGCUCGCUGUCGCGCUCCCACUGCUGCUCACGCUUCCUCUGCAUGGGAUUACUGUCGGUACUGUUCCCCUGUUUGCUGUGCUACCCGCCCGUCAAGGGGUGCCUGAAGGCGUGCCAGGGCUGCUACGACCAAGUCAACAGGCCCGGCUGCCGCUGCAAGAACUCCAACACUGUCUAUUGCAAAAUGGAGAGCUGGUCCCCGCAGGCCCUCGAAAAGCCUUCCUGAUCCCGUGUGUGGGUGUAGGAAGAGGGGCAGUCGAUCCUUGUGCGGUUCUGACGAUGAUAAUAAUAUUCACUAUUGAUGUUAAUCAAACAUUUGAAGCACCUCCCAUCUGCCUCCCUUUCUCCAACGGGGAAUCCUGCUAGGAGUAAAGCACGGAAUAUGAAAACCACUCAAUUAUUUUUUUAUAUUUCCUUCCUUUUUUUUCUGACAGGGCCAUGUUGUUACAGACCAGUGUUUUGUCUGAACUGUUUCUGUCUCUCUUCAGCUACUCAUUAAGAAUAUUCUGUUAGCUAGGCAGUUUCCCUGGUGCUUUAAGCUUCAAGUGAGAGCAGCCUCUUACCAAAUCUGUGAAGGACUAUCUAGCCAGGCAAUAUGUAGCUGUUACCACGUGUUCAUAGCUAACAAGGAUUGUGUGAAUUCCCAGUUGCUACCACACUAAGACCAUGGUUAUCUGGGUUUCUGUGCUCGAGUUGCAUUAUGGAAAGCACAUGCAUCUCAUAGUAUUCUGUUGGAUAUGUUUGUCUCUCCCCUUCUCAUCAUUCACACACAUUCUGUGGCAUUUUUCCCUGUUUUUUUUUUGUUUUCAUUUUGUAAACUGUAUGCUCAAACCCAUAAGAGUAAAUUCUGGCUAUUAUUUUUAAAGAAAAUGUCUGAUAAAACUUUUUUUUUUUUUUUGUAAAAAUAUUUAUUAUGUGAAGCUCUAUUUUAUGAUAUUUAUUGCAAAAGACAGUCUUAAAUGUACUCAUGUCUGAAUAUAACAAAAUAUCAAUACUUACUGAAAAAUGAAAGGGUGGCACAAAAGAAAAAGCUAUGUUAACUUUAAUGCAGAAAAUAUAUUAAUAA